CAGCCAGAUACACAUCUCUCACUUGCGCUUUGACAACCAUGUCAUCUGAAACUCCUUUCCAAAUCGACGUCCCCGACGAGAAAUUAACCACCCUCCGUGCUAAACUUGAACUCGCUAUUUUCCCGAAUGAACUGGACGAUGCCGGGUGGAAGUAUGGUGCACCUCUGGCGGAUAUCAAGCGGCUCACAGAGAGGUGGAAAAACGGGUACGACUGGCGCAAAUAUGAAAAAGAAAUCAACGAGCAGCUGCCGAUGUUUACACGCGAUAUUGACGUGGAUGGUUUCGGCGCGCUGAAUAUUCAUUAUGUUCACAAGAAGAGCGAAACCGUUGACGCUAUUCCGCUGUUGUUUUGUCACGGAUGGCCUGGAAGCUUCCUGGAAGUCGGGAAGAUUUUGCCCCUCCUGACUGCAUCGGCCCCUGAACAUCCUAGUUUUCAUGUUGUGGCGCUUAGUUUGCCCGGUUUUGGCUUUUCGGAGGCUCCCCGCAAACAAGGCUUUGGUAUUGAUCAGUAUGCUGAGGUUGCUCACAAACUCAUGGUCGCUCUCGGGUACAAGGAGUAUGUUACUCAUGGAGGUGACUGGGGUGGCCUUAUUACUAGGAGAAUGGCUUCUGUGUAUGGUGGGAGGCAUCACAAGGCAUGGCACACUAACUUUCCAAUUGCCAAACCACCGAGCUGGAGAUCGCCCCUGUCUUUCUUGUCUUUCUUGCUAACCCCAUGGUCUAUGGAGGAAAAAGCGGGCAUCGAACGUACCACGUGGUUCCAUACCAAAGGACAAGGCUACUCCAGCGAACAGAGCACCCAGCCGCAGACACUCGGUUACGGUCUCACUGAUAGCCCUGUUGGCCUGCUUGCUUGGAUCUACGAGAAACUGGUCCUUUGGACCGACAAUUACAAUUGGUCCGAUGAUGAAGUGCUGACAUGGAUCUCAUUGUACUGGUUCUCCCGCGACGGACCCGCAGCCUCCCUUCGCAUUUACUUUGAAUUGCGUGCCGAUUGCGAGGAUAUAGGCCAAAAUCCUACUAUUCCUAUGGGAGCAUCGUUUUUCCCGAAGGAAAUCAUAGUUUUGCCCGCAGCGUGGCUGCGCAAGUCGAACAACGUUGUUUUUGAGUCCCAUCAUAAGACAGGAGGCCAUUUUGCUGCCACUGAACACCCGGAAGUGCUUGUUCAAGAUAUCCGGAAGAUGUUUGCGAAGGGGGGCCCUGCGUUCGCAAUUGUCCCCGGAAGAACUGGAUAUGCUUGAACAACUAGCAUUCCUCGCGUUUGGAAUGAAUAUCGAGUGAAAGUGUACAAACAGGCAAUGUAAUUUCGAUAUCAUGUAUACUAUGACACAAUCAGUAUGGUUUGCUCGCGACUCUUCAUCAUCAGCCGUCGAAUUUGC